AUGAACCCACACGAGGCCUACCGAAGUCCGCCUCCACGGCAACUGGGGUUUUCAAGCUGUUCACCCCCUAUUGGAUUCAGCAAUCGCAUCCAGGUGUUACCCAAUCUCUCUGCAGUAGAAGAAGCACUAAAGGGCCUCAGUCUUCGCCUUGACAGAGUAACCGAACAGACUGAAAAACAACUUUUGUCGAAGCCCCAUUUUCCGGACGCCCUCCGCCUGGAGCUGUUGGACCGAGUUGCCCAAGAUAACGAGACGAGUGUGAACUCUUCGUUGCCGGAACAGCUUAACAAUGGCCUAGAUAUUAUCGAACACUCGACAGUCGAUGAUUCCCUUGAAAGAUAUGUCCGCAUCAGGCUGGCCGACAGCUGCGUAUUACGGCUUCUGGACUAUUUUGGAAGACACGCAGACCUUUACGAGACCUGGGACUGGGAGAUUGAUGCGGACUUGGUCCCUCCUGAACUGACUGUCCAGACGGGAGCAAGGCAUUUCUGCGAGAUGUUACCCGACGUCGUCAGCUUGCAUACUGAGCUGCUAAAAAUAAACACAGCCAACAUGAAAGUGUUGCGGCGUCUUCAGGAGAAACUGGCGGAAGAGGUCGAAGAAGCCGGUGCUCUCGCGCUGGAGCUCGGCAAGAGGUACACAGAGUCGAUGUUAGCUGUGACAGAAGCCAUUGAUCUUCAAAAGGGUAUCCCUGACUUCGAUCUAACGGUGCUGGCGGACCGGUGCCUGGGCGAUCGCACGAAGUACCUCGUUUAUGAUGCGAAGAAGAAGCGACUGACGCUCGACGCUCGCGCCUAUAUGAAAAGUAUCAUUCCUGUUGAUAAGGAAAGUGAGACAGCUGCACGCGAGCUUGAUCGGCGGAUUGCGUCCCUCUGUUGGGAUGGGGUGGCGGAAGUCGACAAGGGCACACAACACUCAAGGGCUGGGAAACGACGUGCUCCACCUUCCGAGGUGGCGAAAAAGCCGGUAGCGCCGGCACGUCCCUUCAUGAAAAAGGGGACAAAAAACUCUCGAGAUGAAAUCAAAGCCAAAAGGAGUGAGUCCGAAGAAAGAAGCGACGAAGGCGUUGACAUCGGGGUGCCAGAUCGUCAGCGCCUUGCACAACCGAGGAGAGUUGCCAAGAUAGAAUAA